AAUUAAUUUUCAGUAAUCCCAAAAUCUCCCUGCACCUACUACUGUUCUCAGAUCUGAACAAGAACCCAUCAAUGCAAAAACGUUUUUUUAAAAUUUUGUAUUUAGUGGCUGUAAUGUAAUUUGAUUGCCAUUUUGAGGGUAAAUGUGUUUUAAAAAACCAAUUGCAUGUGGUAUUUUCAUCGGAUUGAACGGGUUGUAUGUAUGAGUGGCGUUGAAGGCGGGGCAAGCUUGGGGUUCGGUUGCCUGGCUGGCGGCAAUGGCGUAAAUUGUAGUGACGAGUUUGACGGUUAAAAGAGAGCAAGGGGAUGGGAUCUGGUGGGAGCAAGGCGUCUUGCGGAGAUUCGUUGUCGUCGGCAUCGUCAACGUCGUCGGGGACGAGCGGCGGUGGGGGGCGGAGGAGGAGAUCUAAAGGGAAGAGUAAGGUUUUCCAGUCCUGUCUAGGGCCACCAUCUGGAUCUCGUGAGUCUGACGUUGACGAACAGGUGAAAAUUGACCUUUGCAGAAAGGUUACAGUUGAACAAUCGGAUGAGAAUAGGCACUGUGUAUCUUCCCAUGCCGACCUUGAUGACUGGCGCCAGGCCGCCGCCUCCUCGAGAGCCGGUAGCAGCUCUGCCUCUGAUGCUCCGAAUCGAUUUCUUUCUCGUUUUAACCUCAUCCCCGGUAAUGUCAGCUUCCGACUGAGCAGAGCUGCUAGUUUGGGGUCGUCCAGGGCUUAUCCUGUUUCUCCGACGAGUCUCGCGAUGUUGAACGAUGAAAACGAGAUUCGUCUGCAAUCAGGGACGGCGAGGAAUUUCGUUGAUGGAAUUUCAAAUCAACAUCCUAGGACACUGAUGCAGCGUCCUGAAGAUUCUUCUCGAGAUAUUCCAGCAUCUAAUUGUUCAAGCAGUUUCCAUGGGAAUCUGUCAAUUUCUCCGACUAACGAGGGAGCCGGAGGUGAUGGCAGCACCAGAGUGGCCGUUGAUGUGAACUCACAUUCUCCUAGGGUUUUUAAUGAACUUGAUGGUAUUGAGAAUAGGUUUACAGAUAGGCGGAUUGGAGGUCGGGAGCCCGCCGACCAGAAUGUAAGUUUUAGUCGGACAUUGAGUGUUGGAAGACUUCGUGACCGUGUUCUUCGUCGAUCAUCGCAAUCUGACCUUGCAUUUUGCCCUGUACAACAAGGGAGAGAAGCGAGAGAUGCUCGGCAGCGUAGUGAAACUCUGACGUUGAGAGGUGAGACAAGGGUGUUAGCAUCCCCUCCACCGUCAUCUGCUCCCGCUGCAUCCAGCUCGUCUGGUUCCAUUUUCAACAUGGAGAACCAUGAGGUAGAAGCUUCAAGGUCAAGAGAGGCCAGGUAUCAUGAUUUACUGGAACAUAGAUCAAAUUUCCUUGAAAGGAGAAGAAGAAUACGAUCUCAGGUCCGUGCUCUUCAGCGACUAGGAAGUCGUUUUGAGAACUUGUCUGGACAUGAGAGGUCUUGUAUUUUAUCUGGUCAGCAUAGAAGUGGUCGAUGCACUUGUCGUGUAAAUAAUAGGGAUUUAAAUUCAAAUGAUGACACCAAUGCUAGGGCUAGCAUUUCAAGAAUUGUCAUGUUAGCUGAAGCUUUAUUCGAGGUUCUGGAUGAAAUUCACCAGCAAUCUGUGGUUUUAUCCUCCCGACCUUCUGUGUCUUCAAUUGGAUCUGUUCCUGCACCUAACGAAGUCGUGGAAUCUUUGCCUGUCAAGAUAUAUGCUAAGUCACACAAGCUUCAGACUGAUGAGGCUGCACAAUGUUACAUAUGCCUUGUGGAGUAUGAGGAUGGGGAUAGCCUGCGGAUACUACCCUGCAACCAUGAAUUUCAUAAAUUGUGUAUAGACAAGUGGCUGAAGGAAAUUCACAGGGUUUGUCCUCUUUGUCGUGGGGAUAUUUGCAGAUCCGAUUCAUUACCUGCAGAGAGCUAGGGUCCCAGUUUGCUUUAAGUUUGAAGAACAUGGAUAACUCUCAGAUAUUCCAUUAUUCUCUUCGGCAAAAAGAUACUGGAGGCAAAUUAAAUUGGAAGAAGAAAAGAUAAUCUUGAGCAUGCUGCAUUAGGAAGUUGAGACUUUUUCUGCUAGCAAGCUCCUCUAUUGCUGAUUGCUUUUGACAGCACUGCAGACUAGAAGUUGGUAGAAAUGGACUGAACCUGCAAUCUGCAGUGUCCCUUGCCACGGGAAAAUAGAAAAAGGGUGGGUUCACAUUGUUCGGAGACAGAGGGAGAGAUUAAUUGUUUAUUUUCUUCUUUUUUGACCAACAAAUAUUAUUAUUUUUCUCCCCCUUUUAUCACAGGCAAGGCAAAGCAACCCCUUUUCAUGAUUCCAAUUUCAAAGUGAAAACAACCAAUGGAUACUUGAUAAGGUGCUAUAGAUCUCCUCUAUCCCCCUUCCAUAAUUUUUUAUGUCAUGAUGCUGAGGUUCUUUUUUCGAAAAGAAAUAAUCUGGAAAUUC